AUGGAAACGCUGGAGGAAAUAGAGCUGUGUGUCCCACAGCUUAACUCCUCCUGCAGAAAGCCAGUUCACUCCCAGACCACAGUUCUGCUCAUUUACGUUCUGCUUUCUUCCAUCUCCUUCUUCACUGUGGCUCUGAAUCUACUUGUCAUCGUCGCCAUUUCCCACUUCAGGCAGCUUCACACCCCAACCAACCUCCUCCUUCUUUCUCUGGCUGUCUCUGACCUCCUUGUGGGCCUUCUGCUGAUGCCGGUUGAAAUAAUCUACAUAGAAGCCUGCUGGUUUCUUGGGGACAUUGUGUGCACUCUCUAUUAUAUUGCAGACUACAUAAUCACCUCUGCUUCUGUUGCAAAUAUGGUUUUGAUUUCGAUCGACCGGUAUGUUGCUAUCUGUGAUCCUCUGCAUUACCCUACCAAGGUCACUAAGAGCACAACACAGGUCUGUGUGAGUCUAUGCUGGAUUGUUUCCGUAUUCUACAGGCUACUUCUUUUACAGGAUCAUGUGGUAAAUCCAGGUGUGUCUGUCUCCUGCAUUGGAGAGUGUGUAGUUGUCAUCAGCAACAUUGCAGGGAUAAUUGACAUGGUUUUCACAUUCAUCAUGCCAAUUACUGUCAUCUUAUGUCUGUAUUUCAGAGUAUUUGUUGUUGCUGUGUCCCAGGCUCGGAUGAUGCGUUCCCAAAUUUCAACGGCACCUGGCAAGCAUGGCUCUGUAACUAUGUGGAAAAAUGAGAUGAAAGCAGCCAGAACUCUUGGUAUUGUUGUGGUUGUGUUUUUGAUUUGUUUCUGUCCUUACUUUUUUCCAUCUCUGGAGGGUGAAGACACUUCUGUCAAUGCUUCUUCUGCAGCCUUUGAGAUUUGGCUCGCACAUUUUAACUCCUGUUUAAACCCUGUCAUUUAUGCCUUUUUCUACCCUUGGUUCAGAAAAUCUAUUAAGAUUAUUCUCUCUCGUCAGAUUCUAAAGCCAGGCUCCAGUAGCAUCAAAAUACUUCACUGAUUAGAGAUUUAAAGUGUAAAUGAACAAAUCAAUCCAAAGAGAGAUUUUUUCCCCUUUGUCUGCAUUUAGGUGACAUAGUGGAGUAAAACAAUAACUACAGUUUUUUUUUUUUUUUUACCAGGAUAUGUUAAACUGUACCAGAGGGAAAUUUUGAUGUUGAUCUAAAUAUUUUCCACAUCUGCAAAUUCUAUAACCAGAGAUGUGGCUCUGCCUAGAUAUUUAGCAUAAUGUCAAAGUUGUGCUGCAAUCCCAAAUAUUUUUUAUACCCGUGUUAGAUUCAGAUUAAAAUUGUUCUCUAAAUUUAUCAAAUAUGUUUUCCUUGGCUU